AUGUCUACAAGAAAGAGGAAGAACGAAGAGGAGGAGCUUGUCGCCCUCCCAAGUGACGAGAGUGAUGAGGAAGAAGAAUACGCCGAAUCUGAAGGCUCAAACUUCAAUUCCGACGACUCUGACGCCGAAGAGCCCCCACCCAAGAAGAAGACCAAGCGCACCAAGCCCAAAGACGAUGAGGAUGACGAAGACGAGGAGGAGGAAGACGAUGUAAGCGACGAUGAUGAUGACGAUGCCGCGGUGCCUGAGGAAGAUGACGAUGACGAUGAGGACGCCAAUCCCAAAGCCAAGAAACCAGCUGGCGCAGAGAAAGAUCGGAAAGUCAAGACGACAGGCAAGGCUGAUCCCGUACCUGUGGUCGACGAUGAUGACGACGACGAGUAG